CGUUGCGAUAGCAGGCGACUCAUGGGACCGAAGCAACCCCUUCCAAGUACCAACACUCUACAUCAGAGUUUCACUUUUCUGGGUGCCAAGUGCAGUAAGCCAAAAUGAAGAACCUCAAGGCAAAAUUGAAGAGGAAUGAGAGCCAGGACAGGAGUAAGAGUGAUGAGAGACUACUGCAGGCUGUAGGGCAGAACCAACCUGACAAAGUAGCUGCUCUGAUCGUGAAGAAGGGACUCUUCCCCACCAAACUGGAUGCAGAGGGGAAGUCAGCGUUCCCCCUCUGUGUGUCUCAGGGUCAUCUGGACUGUCUGGAGGUCAUCCUGGCUCACGGGCCAGACAUUAACGUGACAGAUGGCUCAGGUGAGACGACAGUCUCAUUCAGUGAACAUGUUUAG